AUGUUAAAAGGCACCAUGGAGUGCCGCACAAAAACGAAACUGGCUUUCGCACCAUUCUCCAGGCAAAUGGUCAGCUCCCCGUUUUCAAUUGUCAAUGUGCCCUCGACGCGAUGGAUCUGCGUACUGAAAUUCGGUCUUUACUCAAAAGAAAAAGGAGUCCGACCGCAAUGUUCGACUAGCGCCCUGGGGCCCGACAGGCCCGUCAUUUAUUCCACGCCCGCCAGGGCCUGCUGGAAAGUGGUGGGUGACAUUGCGGUGGCUUGCUUGUGGCUUACCUUUUGUUUUAAAACUUACAUUCUGCGACGCUUUUUUUCAGCAAGAGAUAAUGAGAAGAAUGAUUACGGGUUACGGAAUCUCCUCUUAACGAAUUGGGUAAAGCUUGACCAUUCCUUUCGCAGGCUUCCAAAAAAAAAGAAAAUGCCAAUUGCGUAA